AUGGGUUCAAAGUUGGAAAAGGGGGCGGCUGCUGAGGAACAGUCUGCUUUCAAUUCUCUGGGCCGGUGGCCCUUAGCCAGGGCGAGCGCAACGCCGCGCGCGCUGGGAGACCUUAGCUCCGCCCCUAGCUCCGGGCUCGGAGUGAUUGACGCGCCGCUGCCGGGAUACUCCGUCGCACGGAGUCUCUCCCGCCCCCCAACCGGGGCAGUCCGAUCGCACUCGCUGCAUAUCAGAGGCUCCGCGCGGCGCGCUCCUCCUCGCUCCCGCUCCCCACUCCCGGGAUGUGUCUCCGCCGUACGACGGGCUAUGGCCACCACGACUUCCGGGUUCCGUCAUUUCGUUCUCCCGCCGCCGACCCGCGCCGCCAAACUGAGGCUCUUCUAUAAGCCAGGCAGCAGCCAACCUGCCAACACCUACUGACACUCACUCAUCUCCCAGAGAGAGAAAGAGAGCGCGAGAGAGCGAGCGCGAGAGAGCGAGCGCGAGUGAGAGCGAGCGAGCGAGAAAGAGAGAGAGGGAGAGACAAAAUACCUACCAGGAAAGGGGGGGAGGAAGUCCAAUUUUUGCAAACUAUUCAUUUUUUUCUUGAUUUUUCCCCCCUUGCUUUCUUUGAACGAUACUUUAAAGAGAGAGGAUCAUAUUAUAUAUACAGCGGGGGCAAAGCUAAACGAGGGGGAGGGGGGAGGAAAAAAUUCAAGAAGCAGAAACCCCUCGCGGAGUUUACUGGAAGAAAAAAAACGGGUCUGAAAGAUUCCUCCUCUUCAUCAUCAUCAACCAUCAUUCAUUCACUACCUUGACAUUCCGGGCUUUGAUUGACAGCUGGAGUGGCAAAAAGCCAUGAAACACGACAGUUCGGUUACAUGUGGGCUGCUGACGGGCCGCUCGUAACCUUCAGUUCGGGGGCUUGACAAUUUUUUUUUAUUCUUUUUCUUCUUUUUCUUUUUCUUUUUUUUUUUUUUUUUCCAACUGAGGGGAAGAGAAGAGAAAGAGGGGGAAAGGAGGACCGAAGAGGAGGAGGAGGAGGAGGGGAGGGGGGAGGAGGAGGUGGAGGAGGAGGAGGAAGAUCAGGAGGAGGAGGAAGAAGAGGAAAAAAGAGAAAAAGAAGAAAUAUCACAGGAAAAAAAAAACUUCGUUGUGUUGCCUGGGCUUUUUUUUUUUUCUUUCCCUAAAAAUAACAUAUUGGAGAAUUGGGAGAAGUCUCCUUGGUUUGGAAAAAAAAAAAAAAAAA